AUGGCACUUAGUAUUCCAGUGAAACUUCUCAACGAAGCUCAAGGCCAUAUAAUAUCUGCUGAAUUGACAAGUGGCGAGAGUUAUAGAGGCAAACUGGUUGAAUCUGAGGAUUCCAUGAAUAUACAACUCAAGGACGUUACAUUAACAGCCCAGGACGGCAAAGUCAGUCAUAUGGAACAAAUAUUCAUUAGAGGUUCUCAAAUACGGUUUUUCUCUGUCCCAGAAAUUCUCAAGAACGCCCCAAUCUUCAAUGCGAAUGAAACAAAACCACAGGCUCCAAUCAGAGGCCCCAGAAGGCGAUGA